UUUAUAUAAGCAGCCUCUAUCUUGUGCCUUUUCCCUAUCGCAGUGUAUCAAAUAUCAAACCUCCCUAGCUAGCACCAUGGAGUCGUAUACACUUUUUGGUUUUAUGGCAAUUCUUGGAGAAUCCCUCAAAAAUUUCUUAAAACAUGGGAAGCUCAUGGCUUCCAUCACCUUACUCAUCCUUUCUCUUCGCUCAUUGCUCUUCUUGGCAAACACUUUCUCCAUUAAACCAUUGCUCAAAGAUCUUAUCACUAACGCCACCUUCCUACAGCUCACAACUCCGGGUACCUCUGAAUUUGCAAAGCUUGUCACUGCUGUGCGGCAAGAUCUCCAAGUCUUUGCUGGGUUGGAAUGGAUUUUCAUUGUUACCAUCUAUGUCACAUCCUUAUUCUGUGCCGCAACCACAAUCUUAGCAUCAGGGGUAACACAUAGAGGAAUAGACAUAUCCAUCAAAGAAUUACUAUUGAGAGUAGUGAAAUCAUGGAAAAGACCUUUCAUUACUUGGUUUUACAUAGCUUUGUUCGAGUUAGGCUAUGGUUUCCUAACAUGGGCAACUCUCAUUCCCUUGGUGCUGAUUUUUCCAGAUCAUGUUACUUUUUCUGCAAUCAUAAUUUUCAUUCUAGCAGCGGUUUUCCUUAGUUACUUGGCUGUUGUUUGGAAUUUAGCAUUUGUGGUUUCAGUACUAGAAGAAAAAUGUGGAAUUGAUGCACUAGGAAGGGCUGCGGAGCUAGUAAAGGGCUUAAAGUUAUGUGGGUUUUUUCUGAAUAUUGUGUUUGGAAUACUAUCCUUGGUUUUGAUUCCGGGUUUUAGGUUGGUCAACAGCAAACAAUUAACAACAAUUAGACUAUCUAUUGUGUUACUUUCGGUCAAUUGUUCGUGGCUGAUCAGGAUGUUUUCAUUGAUGGCGUUCACUGUCUUCUACUAUGAGUGCAAGAAUAACCAGGGAGAAAAAGAGAUUGGGAGCUUGGAAUACACUAAGCUAUCCACUGCAGCACAAGUUAGUGCAGAUAUACCCUAAGAAAGGAAAAAUAUUUCUGUGUGUAAUGUAAAAGAACAUGUUUUAUUUCCUUGCUCUUUUCCUUCGCUUGGACUAAUCUAUCUUGCUUUGUAAUAAACUAAUAAUCAUAUUUCUGUUUGUGUUGUACUUGUGUAUUUGUUUCAAGGUUCGCUACAAUGAGGUUUGAUAUUUGGAGUAAUUAAACCUGAUAUUACAGUGUUAGACGUAGUAAAAAUGUUUAAAAUUAUAUGAUUAAAUAUAUAUUCAAUAAGUAGCAUGUAUCCUUGUGAUGCAUGCAUGAUACACCAAA